AUGACCGCAUGCACAAUGCAGAAGCAGAAGAGAGUCACUGAUUUCUUUUCCUCACCGUUAGCGAAAAAGUCAUCAUCGCUGAGUCCGAAACUGCCAAUAUUUGAGUUGGAAAAGAAAAAUUCUGCAAAGAAGAAGCCACGCCUCUCUGUCGAUGAGCAAGAUACGAAGCAAACUACGCUAGACGCUGGUCAGAAAAUAAUUGGAGGACAGUAUUGCAAAGAGGUAGGUCACUUCUACGUUGUGGAGAAUGUCGAAAUUCUGGAUAAAGAUCCACUAUCGCAAUCGGGAUCUGAAAAAAUUGGCUCUCAUCCAUGUGAAAUGAUGUAUUCCAUCGAGAGUGUCGCAGAAGUGGAAAUGCAUAAACAACACCAUAAUCGACUAUGUGAUAUCGCGAAGGUAAAGGUUUCUGUAUCACAGCUGAACCUGUGGCUUAGAAAGGAACGUCACUAUAGUUCUGUUAACGGGUCGAUUUUUCGAAUUCACCCAGACUCCCAGUCUUCAUUGAAGCGUAAAGUGGAACAAACAAUUGAGGAAAUCGUCAAUCCAAGUGUAGGAUUCGCCCCCGACCUUUCAAUUUGGGGUUGGGACGACAGGAGGACCGUGUGGGUGUCAAUCAUAACAGAGAGCUCCACUCAUUAUAUCGCUGGUGUUGUCGUGACAGAGCCUCUCUUAUCUGCACAGUGUUCGAUUACGGGAGAGGUAUACUAA